CCCGCCCCGCAGUUCGUUCCCGCCCCUCGCAGCCCGCCAUGGCCGCGCCGCAGAGCGGCUUCUACCGGCGCCUGCCCAAAGCGGAACUUCAUGCUCAUUUGAAUGGCUCUAUCAGUUCUGCCACUAUGAAGAAACUUAUGGUCCAGAAGCCACACCUUCAGAUCCAGAAUGGAAUGACUGUGAUUGACAAAGGAAAGAAAAGAACCUUAGAUGAAUGUUUUCAGAUGUUUCAGAUCAUCUACCAGAUAACAACUCGGACUGAAGAUAUUUUACUGAUAACUAAAGAUGUUAUUAAAGAAUUUGCUGAUGAUGGUGUCAAAUAUCUGGAAUUGAGGAGCACUCCUAGAGAAGAGAAGUCCACAGGAAUGACCAAAAGGAUGUACGUUGAAACUGUACUUGAGGGUAUAAAGCAGUGUAAAGAAGAAGGCUUGGAUAUAGAUGUAAGAUUGUUAAUAGCAAUAAACAGAAAAGCUGGCCCAGCAGUUGCUAAGCAGACUGUUAAACUUGCUGAAGAGUUCCUUCUUUCCAGUGAUGGAGUUGUAGUAGGAGUUGACCUCAGUGGUGAUCCCACUGCAGGACAUGGUCAAGAUUUUUUGGAGCCGCUCUCAGAAGCAAAAAAAGCAGGUCUAAAGCUGGCAUUGCAUCUUUCAGAGAUUCCAAACCAAGAAGAGGAGACCAGAAUUCUCCUGGGCCUACCUCCAGACAGAAUUGGACAUGGAACAUUUCUCAACUCUGCAAGAGCAGGUUCAGAAGAGUUGGUGCAACUUGUUCAACAGAAUGAGAUACCUAUUGAACUCUGCAUGACCUCCAACAUCAAAACUCAGACAGUGCCCUCCUGUGGCAAACACCACUUCGGAUACUGGUACCGCAUGGGCCACCCCACAGUGCUUUGUACUGACGAUAAAGGCGUCUUUGCAACAAAUCUGUCGCAAGAAUAUGAGCUGGUUGCAAAAACAUUUAAUCUGACUCGAUCAGAGAUGUGGGAACUUUCCUAUGAAUCGAUUAACCAUAUUUUUGCUUCGAGUGUAGUAAAAUCAAAGCUAAGGGAGCAGUGGUGUAAACUGAAGCCAUCUCUGUUUGAUUGAUCAAACUGUUGUUCUCAACAGCUUGUGUGUGUCAGCUUAGUUAAUAAGCAUUUUUUACUGAAUCCUUGGCUUUUUGCAGACUUCAGGUUUAUAAAUCCAGCCCAUAAACUGUGCUUGUGCAAAAUGAAGAUGACAUAAAUGCAUCCUUGGUUAGCAGAGGACACAAGUAAAUGUUCUUUUGUAGCUGGGAAGGGCUCUCAGGUAGUGACUGAAACUCCAAAUGUGUCCUCAUGCAGUUUCUCUCCAGUUGAUAGGACAUUUUUUAAAAAUACUUGAAAGGUGUCAUCAUACUACAAACAUCUGAGAGUCAGAACAAAAUAAGGGCAGAGCUUAAAGGUUUUUAAAUGUCUGUUGGCAACAUGACACCAAGCAGUUUGGAUGAUGAUGCACAUAUUGGUAUUUUGUGGUUUUUUUGUUGUUUUUUUUUUCAAAAAAAAGCUUUGAGCCAUUGAUUAAAUGUAAAGACAGAAACAAACUUAGGGAGGAUGAAAUCAUUAUCUCAAAGGAAUUAGAACCUCUGUUUCUGUUGGUGUACAUGGAUGACUGCAGCCAGCUAUGGAUCGUGUGGUGUAUGUGGUGGUGCCUAGUGGUGCCCUCAGCACAGGGAGAGUUUAGACAAAGCUAAGAAUUCUGGGUACCUUGGCAAACUGUGAGCUGCUUGGGGGAGAUGAUCCGAUUCUUAGAAUGCUGUUUGGAAUUACCGUUUGUUUCAUAUAAAAAUGCAAUAAAAGUAGCUUCAACCUCCAUGUUUUCGAACCCACUACUUAAAUAUACGUGUGCGCGCGUGAGAUCUGCAGAGGAGAUGCCCGUGUAACCUGCUGCAGGGUUUGGUGAGACUGAGUACCCCGAGCAGACCUGCUGCCUGUGUGUGGCCCUGCUUCUGCUCUGACAGCAGGCGGUGCACCUUGGAUCACGCAGUGUCAGAGUCCGCUCCACGUGUCUCUGUGCAUGUGCCUGUAUAGUUUGGUACUGAGAUAUCAAAAUAUGUAGGAACCAUAUGUGUGCAACCUUAUCUGUACUAAGUAUCUGAUACUAGGAAUUGCUAGCAGCCUAGGAAGUAUCCGGGGGAAGGUGUUUCAUACCUAAAGUGCCUUGACAUGGAUUAAACAAGCUAAUAGUCUGGGUUCUGCAGGGAAUGCUGAAUAUAAAGACUAUAAUACAAAAGCUGUUCAUGACUUCUGUUUUGGUCUUUUUUAAUAAUAUCAGUAUCAAGUAGUUAGUCUGGCUCCAAAGUGGCAAAAAGGAACAAACAGGAAAAAAAAAAAAAGACUGGGGGAGGAUAGUGAAGCAGUAGGUAUGGGGGUGUGGCUACCUGAAGUCCCCAGAGAGCAAAAAAUCCUUUUGGAGAUGGGGGAAAUUAUUUGAAGUAGGACUGUGAUUGUAUAUAUUCUUAUCUGAAGUCAGAAUAAGGCCUCAUGCUGACUUUUACUUACAAACAUUACUUCCCAAGAAUUUUCACUGAUCAUGUUAUUGUUAUUUGAUCGAGUUAGAUUAUCACUUGCUGCUUGAUCAUGUUUUUCUGUUUUUCUUUCUACAAAACUAACAGCUGUGGAAAAUUUUUCCUUUCUCAGUGAGGAGCUCUCUAAAGACAGGGUGAGCAGCUUUCUGGAACGUUACAGCUGCGUGUAUCUCAGUCUCGGGAUAAGCAGGCCUGCGCUCCAGGGAGACGGCAUUCUCAUGUAAAGUUAAUAAUUGUGGCCUUCAGUUAGUUAUCCAGACCUCAUCAAUAACAG